CCAACUUGUAUUUUUGCCAAAAGAGGUUAACGUUUCGGUGCGACUAGACUCGUUAAGAUUUCUCUAAGAGGAUGUCUUCUAACACGAAACUGUUUUGGUCGUUAAUAAAAAAUCUGAAACUACCAAGACGAAAUAUUAAACAAGAUAAUCAAUGUAACGGAGAUAAAAAAGACUGGAGGUUUACAUUGAGAAGGUACGCGUUUGAAUGGGCGGGAUACAACGCGUACGGACUUUACACGCACGAUGUUAUAAAUUACGAUCAUCCCGUUGUACGCGAAGCUUUGCGUCGAUUACCGAAGGAUGUGUUGGAUGAAAGAAAUUUCAGACUCAUACGCGCCAUGCAGCUGAAUUUUCUGAAGACACGCUUGCCCAGAGAGAAGUGGGUCACGUACGAGCAGGAUUUAGAGUAUCGAUAUCUUCGCCCGUACAUAGACGAGAUCCAUGCCGAGCAAGAUGAGAUAUAUGAGUUUGGCGGCUAUAAUUACAAAGAUAGCGAUUGGCCGGCCGGUGAAGUGAAAUAAGAGAUCCGAUGUAUAUAUACGCGUGUUGUAACGAAUGUUGCAUGGUAAUAAAAACACAAACAUGAAAAAUUUCAAAUUAAUAAAGAAGAAUAAGAUACUUCGAGGCUCGUAAGGAUUUAAACUAAUGAAUGACUUAAAUUCGGGUUGA